AUGGACUCCCUAGCAAAAUCAAUCAACCAAUUUGCCCUGGAGUUUAGCAAAAAACUGGCUGAAGAUGAUGAGGGUAAAAAUAUCUUCUUCUCCCCCUGGGGCAUCUCAACCACCUUGGCCAUGGUCUAUUUGGGCACCAAAGGUACCACUGCAACCCAGAUGGCCCAGGUGCUUCAAUUUGAUACAGAUCAAGAUGUCAAAUCUUCUCCUGAAAAUGAAAAGAAAAGAAAAAUGGAUUUCAACUCAGACCAGGUUGGAGAAAUACAUUUUGCCUUCCAGAAACUAAUUUCAGAAAUCAACAAUCCCAGCAAUGCCUACAUUCUUAAAACAGCCAACGGAAUCUAUGGGGAGAAAACAUACCCAUUUCACAACAAAUAUUUGGAAGAUAUACAAACAUAUUUUGGUGCAAAACCACAGUCUGUGAACUUCGUGGAAGAUUCUGACCAGAUCAGAAAAGAAAUCAACUCUUGGGUUGAAAGUCAGACGGAGGGUAAAAUACCGAAUCUCUUACCUGAUGAUGCUGUGGAUUCUGCAACCAGAAUGGUUCUGGUGAAUGCCCUUUAUUUUAAAGGACUUUGGGAACAUCAAUUCUCAGUCCAAGACACCACAGAGAAACCUUUCAGAAUCAACAAGACUUCAAGCAAACCAGUGCAAAUGAUGUCGAUGAAAAAAAAUCUUGAAGUUUUUCACAUAGAAAAGCCACAAGCCACGGGCCUUCAACUUUACUACAAGAACCGGGACCUCAGCUUGCUCAUACUACUGCCAGAAGAUGUCGGUGGGCUGGAUCAGCUGGAGAAGGCCAUCACCUAUGAUCAGCUGAGUGAGUGGACCAGCGAAGACAUGAUGGAGAUGUACACCGUCGAACUUCAUCUUCCCAAGUUCAAGCUGGAACAGUCUUACGACCUCAAGACAACCUUAGCCAGUAUGGGGAUGAGUGACGCCUUUAACCAGAGCAAAGCUGAUUUCUCAGGAAUGUCCAAAGAAAGAAAUUUAUAUCUAUCCAAUGUCUUCCACAAGUCUUUUGUGGAAAUAAAUGAACAAGGUACAGAGGCUGCAGCUGGCUCUGCGAGCGAGAUUAGUGUGCGAAUUAGACUCCCCACCAUUGAAAUCAAUGCAGACCACCCAUUUCUCUUCUUCAUCAGGCACAACAAAACCAAUAGUAUUCUCUUUUAUGGGAGGUUCUGCUCGCCUUAGAGCCCAGAUCUAUCUCAUCAGACAAGACCAUUUAUAGUUUAAGCCAUACUCAUCAAUUGAAAAA